GAGCGAGGGGCUUAAGGCGCUGUGGAGACGCCAUGAGCAAAGCGCACCCGCCUGAGUUGAAGAAGUUCAUGGACAAGAAGCUGUCAUUGAAAUUAAAUGGCGGCCGACACGUCCAGGGGAUAUUGCGGGGCUUCGAUCCCUUCAUGAACCUCGUCAUCGAUGAGUGCGUGGAGAUGGCGCCGGGAGGACAGCAGAACAAUAUCGGCAUGGUGGUAAUACGAGGAAACAGCAUCAUUAUGCUGGAAGCCUUAGAACGAGUAUAGCACUGGAGAAACCUGCGUCGUUACCGGCCACGACGAGACCUAGGCCGCCUCUUUUGUUUACUCAUUGAAUCUGCCGCGAAGCAUCCCUGGCCGUAAACUUAUUUUUCUUUUGUUAAAUAAAUUUUGUAAUGGUUGACGUAA